AUGUCCGUCUGGAACCCAGAUAAUAUUCGCGACGUCGCCGAGUCCGUCGGCAUCGUCAAUCUCAACAACGAUGUCACCGAGAACCUCGCCCGGGACGUGGAGUAUCGCAUCGCACAGGUCCUGGAGGAAGCCCUCAAAUUCAUGCGCCACAGUCGACGUACCCUCCUGACGACCCAGGAUAUCUCUCAGGCCCUGCGCGUGCUGGACGUCGAACCAUUAUACGGAUACGAAACGACGAGGCCGUUGCGGUUCGGCGAGGCAUCGCUGGGUCCGGGACAGCCCCUGUUCUACGUCGAGGACGAAGAGGUGGAUUUCGAGAAGCUGAUCAACGCGCCGUUGCCCAAGGUGCCGCGCGAGAUCUCCUUCACUGCACAUUGGUUGGCCGUCGAAGGUGUCCAGCCGUCCAUCCCCCAGAACCCGACCGCCGCCGACUCGCGAAACCUGGAAUUACUGUCCAAGGGACCGAACGCCAAUUCGACGCUGGCGGCUAUGAGCGGUAGCGCGAAUGUGGCCGUCAAGCCGUUGGUGAAACAUGUGCUGUCCAAGGAGUUACAGCUGUACUUUGAGAAGGUGUGCAAUGCGUUCCUGGACGAGUCCAGCGAGGAGUACCGCACCUCGGCGUACUCCAGUCUGCGCGAGGACCCCGGGCUGCACCAGCUGGUGCCGUACUUUGUGCAGUUCAUCUCGGAGAAGGUCACCCAUGGCAUGAAGGAUAUUUUCGUUCUGACGCAGGUGAUGCGCAUGGCCGAGGCCCUGGUGCAGAACAAGUCGCUCUACGUUGAUCCAUACAUUGCCUCUCUCGUCCCGCCCAUCCUCACCUGUCUCAUCGGUCGCCAGCUGGGCGGCAACGCCGACCUGUCCGAGCAAUUCGCGCUGCGCGACCUCGCCGCGUCCCUCCUCGGUCUCAUUGCGAAGAAAUACUCGCACUCGUCGCACACGCUCAAGCCGCGUCUGGCCCGUUCCUGUCUGAAGACCUUCCUGGACCCGUUGAAGCCGUUCGGCGCCCAAUACGGCGCCAUCAUCGGUUUGCACGCCGUCGGAGGCGCCGAGGCCGUGCGCGUGCUCAUCGUGCCGAACCUGCCUACGUACGGUAACCUACUCAAGGACGGCAUGGGCGAGGAGGAUCCGCGGCGCCCGGAGGCUGAACGUGUCCUCAAGGUGCUCUUCGCGGUGUUGGCGUCCCUACGGGAAGGACGGGCGCCGCUUGCCAACGGCGAUGCGGGCACCGUCACGGACGAUCUGCGCACGAGACUGGCAGCCAAAGUGGGCGACUUCCUCGCGGGGAAGAUCAGCGAGGUGGGGAAUGUGCAAAUGGCGCAUGAUAUCUUGGGUUCGUAG